AUGACUGCCCCUCGGCCGGACAUCCAGCGCAGCUGCGCUGCCUUUGAUACCUCCAUCGGCAUCACGGAAAGGGUCUCUACGCCGUCAACGUUUUGGCAGGGCAUCAUGCGACACAGACGUACUGAUUUCCUCGUCAAUGAAAUCCAGAAAGAUGGAACCGUGUUGCACUUGAGGAAUUGCAACAUUGAGCUUCCUAAAGACGGCCAAGGAAAUGGCAACAAAAUCCCCGUCGAAGAUGUCGCCAUCCUCGAGGGGUUAACAUCCAAAGACUUUGCCGAGAAGAUUAUCAACCUGUACAAGUCUGCGCCCUCUCAGUCCAAGAACUCCGUCACCACCGACCUGAUCGAAGACAAGGCGACCAGGUCCAAGCUCCACCAAGAAGUCAGAAGGAUAUUCAAGUCCGAAAUCGACACCACCACCGACCCAACAACAGGCGCCAUCGUCGCCAGCAAGCGCAAGUCCGACCGCACCAAGAACAAGAACGUCAAGUUCAAGCAGCGCGUCGACUGCCCCGGCACCGGCGACUUCCUCCACUUCACCCUCUUCAAGGAGAACCGCGACACCAUGGAGGCCGCGAACCUCAUCGCGCGCAUGCUCUCCCUCAAGCCCCGCGCCAUCCACUUCGCCGGCACCAAGGACCGCCGCGCCGCCACCGUGCAGCGCUGCUCCGUCCGCCAGCGCACCGCCGCCGACCUCGCCCGCCUCAACCCCAAACUCUACGGCAUGAAGACGGGCGACUACGCCUACCGCCACGACCCCAUCCGCCUCGGCCAGCUCCGCGGCAACGAGUUCACCAUCGUCGUCAAGGACUGCCACUUCGCCCAGGACGCCGCCCUGCCCGUCGCCCGCCGCGCCGACGUCCUCCACACCUCCCUCCGCGACACCCUGCGCAGCAUGCACGCCCGCGGCUGGAUCAACUACUUUGGCCACCAGCGCUUCGGCAGCUUCGCCACCGGCACCAACAAGAUCGGCAUGCUCAUCUUCUCCGGCCGCCUCGAGGACGCCGUCAACGCCCUCCUCCACAACCCCCGCCACGACGAGUACAACCGCGCCCUCGCCUGCCGCACCUUCCAGACCGAGCACGACGCCGCCAAGGCCCUCAAGCACCUCCCCGCCGCUUCGCCGCCGAGUCCACCAUCAUCGGUCACCUCGGCCGCUCCCCGCCACCCGCGGCGACUACGCCGGCGCCCUGCUCCACCUCCCCGCGGCCUGCGCACCCUCUACCUCCACGCCUACCAAUCCUACGUCUGGAACCACGCCGCCAGCAAGCGCUGGGCCCUCUACGGCGACAAGGUCGUCGAGGGCGACCUCGUCGCCUCCACCCCCGGUGACGACCGAGGAGACCCCGAGCCCGAAGCCGAGCCCGUCGAUCCCGAAGACGACGACGAGGUCGCCAUCUCCGCUCGGCCCCUCACCGCCCAAGAGGCCGCCAGCGGCGCCUUCUCCAUCUUCGACGUCGUCCUCCCCAGUGCGGGCACCAGCACCCUCCUCCCCGCCAACGAGGUCGGCGCCUUUUACCGCGAAUUCAUGGGCCGAAAAGAGGAGCAGCAGCAGGAGCAGCAAAGCGCCCAGGCCAAGGCGCAAGGUGACGGCGGCAGUGGCGGCGGCAAGAGAAGCUUGGAUGCCGCCACCAAUGAGGCGGGAGACGGAGAAAAUCCGGUCAAGAAGACCAAGCUCGACGCUGAUGCCCCGCCCGCGGAUGUCGAGAUGGACGGCGCAGCGGACGUACAACCCCUUGAGCCCGCCGCUGAGAAAGUUGCCACCAUCUUGCACUUCCAGCUUGGCAGAAGUGCCUACGCCACAGUCGCUAUCCGCGAGAUGGGUCUAUCGCCAGACGAGCACGGCACGGGAGUCAACCCAUAG